GGGGCCGGGCGGGGCGGGCGCGGCGCGGGCGGGCGGCGGCGGGCGGCGCCCCCCGGCAAUAUGUUCAAGAGAAUGGCAGAGUUCGGGCCUGACUCCGGCGGCAGGGUGAAGGGCGUUACCAUUGUGAAGCCGAUCGUGUACGGGAACGUCGCGCGGUAUUUUGGGAAGAAGAGGGAGGAGGAUGGCCACACUCACCAGUGGACGGUGUACGUGAAGCCGUACCGGAACGAGGACAUGUCUGCCUACGUAAAAAAAAUUCAGUUCAAGUUGCAUGAAAGCUACGGUAAUCCUUUAAGAGUUGUUACCAAACCACCAUAUGAAAUCACCGAAACGGGCUGGGGUGAAUUUGAAAUAAUCAUUAAGAUAUUUUUCAUUGAUCCAAAUGAAAGACCUGUAACCUUAUAUCACUUGCUGAAGCUUUUUCAGUCGGAUACAAAUGCCAUCCUGGGGAAGAAAACUGUAGUUUCUGAAUUCUAUGAUGAAAUGAUAUUUCAAGAUCCUACUGCAAUGAUGCAGCAGCUGUUAACAACAUCUCGUCAACUAACACUAGGUGCUUAUAAGCAUGAAACAGAGUUUGCAGAUCUUGAAGUGAAAACCAGGGAAAAGCUGGAAGCUGCCAAAAAGAAGACUAGUUUUGAAAUUGCUGAGCUUAAAGAAAGACUAAAAGCAAGUCGUGAAACCAUCAACUGUUUAAAGAGUGAAAUCAGAAAACUUGAAGAAGAUGAUCAGUCUAAAGAUAUGUGACAAGUGUGGACUUGAUAAAGAGCCUAUGCUGAAAACGGGAGGACUUCAGUCAUGGAACUGUAUAAGUUCAGUUCUGUAACCGAAACUAUGAGAAUUUCACUGGCAAGUGAUUGAAGUUUGUGGCAAUCAACUUCACAAAUGGAAGAAAAAAGAAAGAAUGUAUCCUUGUUUUAUAGUUAAAAUCUGUGGGUACUUAACAAGUUAUUUCAAGUAGAAGGGGUCUUAGACCAGACUACUUUUUUUUUUUUUUUAAACUGCAUUUGAGUCGUACAUGAAAACUUUGUAUUAAGUCUUGUAUUAGUUCAAUGUUAUUUUACAAAAUGCUGGUGUUUACUUUUUUUACUUGUUUUUUUUUCUACUGAUUGUUUAGAGAUGCAUCUUUAGAGCUAAAAAUAAAAUAUGCAAUUUUUUAUUUUAAUAUUUUUUGUCUCCAUCCACCUGUGGAAGUGUAAGGAACAAUUGUAAAUAGCAUACCCUGAUUUAGGGCAGAGGUUGAAAUACAGUGGUACACAAGUUGUUUAAGUCUGGUUACAGUGAUAUUGGUGUGUCUGUUACCAGCACAGUUAAAACACUUUCUGAAAACAGGAUUUUAAAUAACUUCUAUAUCUACAGAUAAGAGUUUCUAGCCUCAAAGCUGCUUUAACAUAUAUAAGUGCAUCAGUUCUACAAGCUGUGCACAGAAGCAGAUUAUUCCAGUCCUGAUUUGUAGGAGUUUGUUUAAUACUUGUAUUGUACUUCAGUCACUUCAGCAAACAUUGUUUCUGCCAUUCCUUCCUUCUUCCACUCUUCCCGUGUUCCAGCAUGGGUCCCUCCUACAGAGGACAGUCCUUCAUGAACUUCUGCAGCGUCAGUCCUUCCUAUGGCUUCCAGCAUGGGUCCCCUGCAGGGUCACAAGUCCUGCCAGCAAACCUGGUCCUGCAUGUGCUCCCCUCUCCCCAGGGCUACAGGUCCUGAUGGGACCCUGUUCCAGUGUGGGCUUCCCACAGGGUCACGGCCUCCUUUGGGCAUCCACCUGCUUUGGUGUGGGGUCCUCUACAGGCUGCAGGUGAAUCUCUGCUCCACCAUGGACCUUCAUGGGCUGCAGGGGGGCAGCUUCUCUCACCAUGGUGUUCACCAUGGGCUGUAGGGGAAUCUCGGCACCUCCUCCCCCUCCUUAUUCACUGACCUCAGUGUCUAAACAGGUGUUCCUCUCAAAUAUUCUCACUCCUCUCUCUAGUCCGAUCUUAGCAAUGCUUUGAGAACAAAGCAUUUAUUUCUUCAUAUUUGAAACAAGUGAUGAUUGGCUUUUACUAUGGCUUGGUGAAGAUUUAGAACUGAAAGAGUUUCAUCACUCCCUACGUAGACUUCAGCUUUUCAUUAAGAACAGUAACAAACUUGGCAUAUUUGGUUUAUGGUAUGUAUAGACAUAGAUGAGGAACAGCUUGUACCAGCAGUGUCCAUGCAGAUCCUUCCUACCACUGCGCACUCCACAUUUUUCUGGCUAGCUAAGUGCUUUGGUUUAUUGAUUCAGCAGCCAGUUUCCUUUUAAACAGCAGCUGAAGAAGAAUGUGAGAAUUUCACUUCAGCAGAAUGCCAUUUUCAGAGCUGUGCAUUGAAAAUAAGACUUGGCACGGGUCACAGUAUAUUGUGCAUGCUGAAACAAAAAUGCACAAAAUGGAAAGCACAGUUUUGGUGAUACUAGGUUGAAUGCGACAUUAUAUUAAUCAGUUAAAUUACUACUAGUGAGGACUAACUCAGAGAAUAUUAAACAAGUUCUGCAAGAGCUGUGACUAACAUGAACAGGUCUGCUGAAACAGACUUGAACAGACCAAAAAAGCAUAGAAAUGAACCUUUUGAAUCCAACUUCUUUGUAGGAGCCUAAAGUAUUCCUUUUGUUUACAUCUUUAAAAAUGUCGAAUAGACAGCCAACUUAACAGAAGCAACGAUCCUUGCUCCAUUGUUAGUAGCCAUCAGCAUGCUUCACCAGUGAUGUAGUUUUUGUUUGUGGUUAGAGGUCUUCUUUUCCUCUGUUUUUCUUUCAACUUUUUGUGUCUCUUCUCCUUUAUGCUCUCUGCAAAGAUCACAGAAGCAUCAUUAGGCUCCUCUGUCAAUAGUAAGGCAAGAAAACAGUCCUGUCUGUGCUGAUCAGUUACUGUUGAUAGACAACAGCAAGACUACCUUGUGCUUUACAAAGUUCCCUCUUAUGUUCUGUGCUCUCAUUAGAAAAUAUUUUCUUUAGAUGCUGAGAAAGCAAUUAAGCCCUGUAUUAGGCUGUAAUUAAAUUCUGGGAGAAGUUAAUGAGAAUUAAUCAUGGAACUAUAGAGUUAUAGAAUAUCCUGAGCUGGAUGGGACCCACAAAGAUCACUGAGUCCCAACUCCUGGCCCUGCAGAGGUCACCCCAAGAACUGCAUGGAUCUCAAUUAACAGAUAGGUUAUGUUGGGCCUGUGUGCUCUGCCUGUAAAAGAGUAGUUGAUAUAAACAUUGGAGUGUGUGUACACAGUACAUUUACUGUAAGUGCUGACCUUCUAAUACGUAUCAUUUUCAAAGUUACUAGAACUGAAGUAGAGUGGGGCACGUUAGGACACAGUUGCCUUUGACCUGCAUUGCCUUGAAGAAAAACAAAAACCCAAACACUACACUCUGCUUUACUGUUGGCAUUUCUAUGAAGUCCCAGACAAAUAGUUAUGGAUUGUGCUUACCAGGGUGCUAACUUAAAUGCUACCUAUUUUUAUUGCUGAGACUGACUUCAGACUAUGGUUUCAUCCUGAGUUAAAAUUAUGAAAGAAAUGUAUUUAAAUCUUGCUUUGCAAAGGAGGGGAAAAAACUCUCACUGUGCUGUAGGUACACUUUGAUAUUGCUGAAGCACAUAGUAAUUUGUUCAGUUUUUUACACUGAAGCUUUAGGCUCCACUUUAGGCUCCACCCUUUCGUGGGUAAACAUAAAACAUGGUUUAUCUCAGCUGCAAGCGUGGUUUACAUGCUUACUAUUAUGAAUUUUACCAAUGAGGAAUGUUUACUUUAGGCAUCAAAUAUGCAAAACUAGUAGUGUCAUUGCCUCUUCCACUAUAAAGGCUUGGGGUUUUAAGUGUUUCAGCUAAGACAAAUUAACACUGAUCACAGUAAUUUCAGACACUGACUGAUUACUCACUACCCAGUGUUAUGUAUGACUAGUCCUUUUCUUACCCAGCUCCAUCUCAUAUAAGUUAGUUCUUUCCUUUGGGUUUGGCACACUAAGCCUGUGAAGUUGUAUAAGGCUGUUGCCAAGGAGGUUUCCCAUGAAAAGUGCCAUUAUCUGACAGGAGAUGUGUAGAUACAGUUAAGUCAAAGAUUUACUUGAGAAUUUUUGUAGUUAAUAGAGAUGGGACUAGAAGGACUAGAAGGAAUAUUAAGUCACCCUGUUCAUUUUCUUUCUAGACAGGUGCUGGUAAUAACACCAACUCUUUGCUGUUUAUGCAUUUAAUUCAUAAUAAAUAUACCAGUGUUUGUUUACUUCUUAAUGGGGAUACAGAUUUAAGAGAAUUUCAGGUUGUUUUCAGACAUAAGGUUAUUUCCCAAACACCAGGUGGCAGGUAUGUCCAAAAUAUUCUCCAGUCUCAACAGCAGUUUAUUAGGAAUUCAGCAGAUCUGUGAUAUGUUUGGUUGAUCUCAUUUUCUUUGAGAUUUGAUCAUCUGAUUAGACAACUUGUAUUUGUUUCUGUAGAGAUGACCAAAUUAUCUCUUGCAUUUUAUGAAACUGUUUGGCAACCUUGUCAACAAAUCAAGUGUGAUGUGCCAGGAAGCACAAAAAAAGUGUUUGUUUACAAGUUUUGUUUAUUUCAGCUUUCAAAACGCAAAUCUUAGGGGUUGUUUUUAGAUUUGUUGUGGUCUGGUUUUUAGUCUUUUUUUUUUUUUUUUCAGGCCAAGAUUAUGUGACAAUAAGAUAACUUAGGCAGUCUACUGGACUGCAUACUUUCCUUGCACUCAAUUGCGUGUGCUUUAAUUGCAGGUCCAAAAUGGCAGGAUUUUCCGCAAGUAAAUGUAAUUAAUCUUUUAAACUUCAUGUUGAUAAAGGCAAUAAGCUUCUUUGACUAAUUAAUGCUUACUGAAUACUAUGAAUGAACCUUUGGCUUCCAAGUGUGUUGAAACUUCUAAUUUUUCUGAAUAUAACAGGGAAGAACAGCUAAAGUGAGGGAAAAAGAAGAGAAUUAGGAUGGUAGAAAAGAAUAGCAACAAUCAAAAAUUCCUGUUACAUAUAUUUGUUUGGGAUUUAUUUAACAUUCAUUUAUGAUAUAUUUAUACUAUUUCCAUUUUUAAAUAUUUUAAGCUAGAACAUGAAAUCAUGUAAGCUUCUAGUGAAACAGUCUUGCCUAUGCAAUAGCCAGUAAACAUCCAAAAUUAAAAUGUACAUUUAGAUUUUUGUACGAAAACCCUCGAGAAUGCCAGGUGAUUAGGCCAUAAAAAGAAUUCAUUAGCAUUGCAAUAUGCAGUAUUUGUCCUACUACCCCACUAGUAAUUACUAUACUUUGUAAGAUGUUAAUUUGCUGAACGAGAGGCUGGCCCUUCUUAUUCCCACAGCUGUGGGGAAUUCUGUAAUCUAGGACAGAAACAAAUUUCAUCUGAUCUACUGGCUUCUGCUUUGCUAAUAGUUUCACCUGAAGUGUUCAACAUCUUUUUUUCUUCAAUGUCUUACUUAUGCAACAUCUGGCAAAUUUCAUGUUUUUUUCAAUCUACAAAUCAGCUUUAUUUCAAAUAACACGUUUUAUUUAACCUCUGAUCUAGAAUGUUAAUAAAAUGCAUGGGUUUUAUUUUAA